AUGGCCAUAACUAGUAAGACCAAUAUCGUCAAGCGGGUGAACUGGGUUGUGUCUUUAGCUCUUAAACUUCCCAUUCGGCUUUUGGAAGCCAUGGUUCCUGACUUGGCUAGUUACCGCCCCAUGGGAACCGCCGCAAUGGGCAAGGUCGUGGACGCUAAUCUGCGAGUAAAGGGAGUAAAAGGCUUACGUGUGGUUGAUGCCUCGGCUUUCCCAGUCUCUAUUACUGGACACUUGCAAGCCGCCGUCUACGCUUUGGCUGAGCAGGCUGCUGAGAUUAUAUUCGCUGACUGCGUCAGACCUCCGUAG